GACAGCUGUCAGUAGCAGGUCACUAAUUAAGUUUUCGAUUUGCGUGAGGGGAUAUUUGCGUUAUGAAUCCGCGGGAGCGCAGACGGACUUAAGCUGAAAACAAUCAAGACUGAAACCAUGGACUACAGCUACGUACCGUUGCAUAGUAGUAUCGACAUCCACAAUCGGUGCUGUGGCGGCAGAAUUUGGUGUGUGAAGGAUAUAUGCGGCUUUGUAUGCGCUUUCUUAACAUGGGGCCUCCUCCUUUUUGCCGAAUUUGUGGUGAUGCGUGUCAUACUUCUUCCGUGUCCCUAUCCUGUGUUCAGCAGCAUAAACAUUGUCAUAUUUCAAACCCUGGCAUUCUUAGCAUUUUCGUCGCAUCUCCGCACUAUGCUUUCAGAUCCGGGAGCUGUUCCUCGCGGAAAUGCGACGAAAGAAAUGAUACAACAAAUGGGCUAUCGAGAAGGUCAAAUGUUCUUCAAAUGUCCAAAAUGUUGCAGCAUUAAACCAGAUCGGGCGCAUCACUGCUCAGUGUGCCAGCGUUGCAUUCGGAAAAUGGACCAUCAUUGUCCGUGGGUGAAUAACUGCGUUGGUGAAAGCAACCAAAAGUAUUUCGUCCUAUUCACGUUCUAUAUAGCCAGCAUAUCAGCACAUUCCCUGUUCCUGGUCAUUAACCAAUUUACCAUAUGUAUUAAACAUGAAUGGAGAGAGUGUUCGCCCUACUCGCCACCAGCAACAGUUUUCUUAUUGUUGUUUUUGACGUUUGAAGCACUUUUAUUUGCGGUUUUCACUAUGAUAAUGCUUUUUACGCAGUUAAGUGCUAUCUGGAACGAUGAAACGGGUAUUGAACAGCUGAAAAAGGAAGAGGCCAGGUGGAUGAGGAAAUCACGAUGGAAAAGCAUUCAAUCAGUUUUUGGGAGAUUCUCGCUGGGGUGGUUCUCGCCAUUCACGAAGCCCUCAUUUAAAUCGAAAUUCGAAGGACACUUCUACUCCGUCUAAAGGAAGGAACACGGGAGACGAUUGCCACUAUUUGUACUUAAUAUACAAUGAAAAAUAUUCUAUUCACUUAUUCGUAAGAAUAAAAAGCCGACAAAAUCUCGAACAGUUUGAGUUAUUUACGUUCGGAGACGAAAAGAAUCAAAGUUAACAUAAAAGCUUGUGCGAACGAACUAAUAAACGUAAGCCUUCAUUUUAAUGUAACAUUCAUUUAAAUAUUUAUGACAAUUGAAAUGACUAUUAUAAUAAAGGGGGCAAUAUUCAGUA